AUGUCGGCCAAUUAUUCAGGUUCAAAGCCCCUUCCGGCAACUGUCUCGGACGACUUGGUACAAACAAGGGAGCCCUUUAACAUCAGCGACACCGAAAGCAACUACAGCGAUGAUGAUGCCGACGACACUAUAGGAAACGGAGAACAUAAGCCUAGAGAAGUGCUUGUCGGCUGUGAUCAGACCUUGCGCUGGGCUCUUGCGACAGUAUCCCCUCAACUGGCCGACAAGUGGCGACCACAAAUCAAUGGAGUUGACCCCGGCUCGCUAGAGUCUCAGAGGGACAGGUUCAAAACAGACCAGCACUGGGAAAAAAUAUAUCGUCACCUGCUGCAGCAAUUCAAGCAACACUCUGGCCCUAAUGUCUCGGAAGACAAGUUAAAUGAGAUUAGAAAACUGAUCGAUAAACACAAAGGCGAGAUUUUCGAUCAUAUUAUUGAUCAUGUCUUUCUGCCUAUCCGAGUCGCUGCCCAAGAGGGCAGCGCCCCCGAAACAAACGCUCAGGCACAGCGUAAGAGGGUAAAUCGCAUCCUUAAACUGAUCAAACAAAAGGCUACAAGUUAUGAAUUACUUGGUGUAGACCAAGAUGCUACAGAAAAGCAAAUUACAGCUGCCUGGAAGGCUAUUAUUACAGGAAUUCAUCCCGACAGAAACAAAGACACGUCCGCUCAAGAGUGUGCUCAGGCCGUCAAUGAUGCCAAGGAUGUCUUAUGUGACCUGGAGAAGCGGAAGAGAUAUAAUGCCUUCUUGGAGCAUACACCUCGCCCCAAAGCGGAAGACGCCUUCGGCGAGGAAUUCAGUCCGAACGCGUUUGACGAAGACGAUGGUAGUGACGACGACGCCCUCGAAGAGGACGGCGAAGAGGACAGCGAGGACGACGACGAGAAGGACUACCCGCCACCCAGUAAACAAAUACAGGGAAUGCAUAGCAGAAUGACCUCGCGCAUCAAGGGCUUCUUUUACAACCUCGAAGGGACCAUCAACCUUUCUAUGCUAGAUACGAUCGAUAAGAUGAACAAGGUUAUCGAAAAAGAUAACCAGAACCGCAGACGGACUGUUCUUACGAUGUAUGAAGUCCCUCGACAAAGACUCCUCUUCUUCCAGUAUGCGCAGAGACGAAUCGCGGUCAGUUUCGAACUAGGGGUGUUUAAUGCCGCCAGGGUGCAGAUAGAAAUACGGUGGCUACAGGAGCACUUCAUAAAGACUCGCCAAAGAGGGCUCUAUCAAUGGCCGGAGGGUUGGACCCAGCUACUCAUAGAACCUCUGCGCCGGAAACUAGAAUCGAUCGGCCUACCUAGGGAGCAACAGAUGGCCCCAGAAACACAAACGAGUACAGGUGGCCAUGCAGGCCCGACGUCUGGCGGGGGGAGUAAAGCCCCGGAAAACGAGGGCAGGGACAAGGGCAAAGAUGAGUACGCGGGCGAGAGCGACGACGACGAGGACGACGACGACGAGGAGAUGGAAGAUGCCCCGGCCCAGAAUCGCAACAGACAGAUUCAGCCGUUACGUCCCGGCUUCACGAUCCUAGGAGAUCCGAUCUUGGGCUAUAUGCCCAUCCAGCGCCGGAGCAAAGUCAUGGCGGGGGAGACGAUCAUCCUCGGCUUCAGGGUCUUCGUGAAGGUCGAAGGCGUCAACCCACUCCAGGUCGCGGGAGGUAGCGAGAUUGGCGAUGCAGCCGCAUUGGCAUACCAUCAACUGCCCGAGGACGAGAAGAACAACAUCGGACAGAAUGCCGCCAAGUACGCCACGAUGCCCGCCGCUGAGUUCGUAGAGAUCAUCGGCGUUACGUGGGUGCCGGGAAGCUCGCGGUCCGACCGGCUACCGAUCACCUAUGUCUGGGUCAGGACACAUACCGACUCGGGGAAGCCGGAGAUCAUGACGAGGACGACGUUUCGCCAGUGGAUAGGAACAAGCUUGGCAGAUAAAUACAUCGAUUCAUUCUUGGUCGGGAAGGGGAUCACUCCGGAAUGGGCAGCCUUGGGCUUUCCCACAGACCCGGCAAACGAUUCCAAGUAUCUUCGACUCACUUAUCCACCCCCGAGGCAGGCUGCCCAUUAUAACCUGCGGCCUCGCAUACAGUAUGGUGGAUUCCCAGCACUGCAAAACGGUGGUUUCCAGGGAUUCCCAACACUGCAGAACAGUGGUGGUCUCCAGGGGCUCCCAGCACCACAGAGAGAGGAUGGUGGUGUACAAGAGCUAACGAGGAAAUUUGAUCAGCUCGUGGAGUUGUUCAUCAGAGGACAGGAAGAAGCGCGCGAAGACCGGAAGCAGCAGAGGGAGAUAAUGAGCAGACUUCUUCCCGCACCUUAG